UGGCUGACAUCACACUUAGAAUAUUGCAAAGAUCGUCUGUGGACUGUGCCAGUAGCUGCUACAAAAAGGCACACAGUUCAUGGUGGAAUUCCACUCAGAUGAAGUCAAUUUCAAUCGCCAAUUGUUUUCAAGAAAUUGCUGUUUGUAAGAGAGUAUCGCAUAUCUUUUAUGAAGAAAAACAUAAAUGAUGCAUUAAUAAUGUCACACCAAACAUAACCUUUUUUGUUGCCAAAAUGACAGACUCUGAAAAUGUUUUCAAACAAAGAGCUUUGUGAAAACUUGACUUCGCAGACCCUACUCACCUUGGUAAGAAUACACCCCUGCCCUUUAUUUUAGAGAUCACAGCUACGUUUUUCAGGCAGUGUUUGAAGCAUGCCAAAAAAUUAAUGUGGGAAAGUAAUCUGAUAUUAUUUAUUGUUAUAAUAUAAAUACGCCAAUGAGAAUUGGUUCAGUUCAUUAAUAAGAUCCAAAUCUGCAAAUGAUGACAAGCCCAAAUGUUGAAUACAGUGGAAUACUUAUAGACAAUGUGCAUGGAAACUCUUUCUUUUCAAGUUGAGGAGGAAAACAAAGGCGGUCGAGGUGGUUUUAUGGAUGAUCCAGGGUAGUAAAGAUACUAGAGGUUCAUGUGACAGCGUAUUGAUUAGUUCUCACUGUGCACUUGAUGGGAGAGAUGGAAAGUGCUCUUGCUCUCAAGGCGGAAAGCACUUUGUUUUGAACAGUUCGCCCUUUCACAGGCAGCAUCCUAAUCUUGACUAACCGAUGGUUGGCUGGACAGCUUAGACCUUAAUCUGAUAUAAUUGGAAUUUUUGUUUGUACUGACUGAAUUAAGGCUCAGUUUGGUCAUAUAUGCUAGGAUUGCUGGUCACUUUUCAGGGAUGAUUCCAGAUGAGGUUUGGUUAUGAUGUUGGUGUCAUCAGUGCCCAGGUCUUCCAAACAUGAGCUGUGGACCUCUGUCUUGCUGUUGACGGGAAUACUGUCUGCCGGGGCUGCAAUCGUUGAAGAAACUGGAUGUGUCCAAGGAUCCCAGGAAACCCACCUGAUCAACCAUAAGAUCCGUGCCUGUACAGGAUCAUGGACAGGACAUAUUCAUAACAGUAGUCACCUGUGUGCAGACGGUUGGCGUGUGUGUGGCUGGUACGAUGAGGACAUGCUGCAGACCAUCAGUUGGAAGGAGGCCAUGUCUAUCAAGGGUUGCUAUGCUUUCAAUGCUGCCCAAGAUGGCGGCCAGUGCUCGGAAUGCAAAGAUGAUCUAGAACAGGAUGACUUGGCAGGUAUAGGGCGGGGUUGCCCUCAUCAGGACCAGGGGCAGAAAUCUUGUAUAAAUGGAGGCAAGAUUGAUGCAAGUUGUUGUGUUGACACAUACCACAAACGAGCUUGUACUUACCAGUCUGGUUUGACCACAGGGAUAUUGUGUUGUAAAAUGCCUGGUGUGAGCCCCAGAAUCCUGGUGCCUCCCCAGAAGAACAUCACACUGCUCCAGGACCUGAUUGUGGUGUUGACCUGUCAGGCUGCAGGAGUGCCCCACCCUACUAUUACCUGGUUCAAGAAUGGAAGGGUUGUCCAGGGAUCAAAGGGGAAAGACCACUCCUUGACCAUUUUGCAAUCAGGCGAUCUUGUUCUUCCUCUGGCCAAACCCUCAGACUCUGGGGUGUACACUUGUGUGGCUAAGAACGCAGAAGGUAGCACCAGUGCUCAAAGUGUUCUUACUGUAAAUGAAUAUGACUCUGGAUGUGGAGAUGGCACAUCCGAUGCUCUUCUUCGAUUCACUGAUAUCCAUGGUUGCACAGGGUCAUGGAAAGGUCACGUGAAGACGGCCGAUUACCUGUGCGCCCCAGGGUGGGGUGUGUGUGACAAUACAGACACAGAUCUGCUCAAAUGGGUGACAUCUGCUGAUCUGGACAAGAUGAAUGGGUGCUAUGCUUACAAUAUGGCAGGAUAUGGGAAGAAGUGCAGGAGAUGUGGUAGGAAGCGUAUGGCAGGCAUGGGAAACGGCUGCAGUAGAAGUAGCAGCCUAGACUCUGUAAAUAGCUGUAAUCUUAGACACAGAAUCGAGGUGUAUGGGCGUGGUAGCGACCCCGGCUGUGUGUACACUGAGGGCAUUACAACAGGAGUCAUGUGCUGUAGGAAAAGAGGCAGGAGAAAAUUUGAUGUCUUUAAUCCCCCACCCUUUGGUUCAGAGCUCAGCUCAUUAUCACAGACAGAGUCUGAUAAUAAACAGCUACCAAGUGUGCCACAAAGUAUAAACCAGGGCUCCAUCAAUAACAAUGAUCAGUUUUUGAAGUCAAGUAUUAUGUAUUUUGGUGAGGACUGCAGUACAUAUUGUGGAGAGAAUGGCUACUGUAUUUUGCCAGGCAUCUGUGGUUGUAACCGUGGUUACCAUGGACCAAGAUGUCAGCACAGACGUCAACCAAGACAUCGCUGUCACACUCUGCACUGCUUUAAUGGCGGCCGGUGCCGGAGGGGGAAGUGUAAAUGCCCUGCAGGGUACUGGGGGAAAAGGUGCCAUAAAUUGGCCAUCUUUGGAGACAGGAAGAAACACGAAAGAAGAAAGAAUAAAAGAAAAACAAAAUCAAGAACAAAAUGUGUGAAGCACCUUUUCAGGCAUUUUAAAUUGAAAUGAAUGCAGGGUAUUUCAGUUUUAUCACAUUGUGCAAUAAUGUAAUGCAAAUUACUCACAAAAUCAAUACAAUUUAAUUUAUAAAAGGAAUGCAAUUUAAGUUGCAGGUUCAGCAUGAAAACUAUAAGGGACUGCCAUUAAUUGUACAUAGAUGGGUUCAAUCAAGCAGUCCAAGUACUGCUUCAUGCAUCAAUGUCUGUUAAGAGGAAGCAAUUAAGUAACUUGUUUAUAAUCCAUAUUUAUAUACCUAGAAUCUGUGCAAUUAUAGAACAGCUAAGACAGUAUUUGGUAACAUUGAAAUCUCUUCAGGAAAAGCUAGCAUAUCCACAGUAAUAGCCAAGUGCAGGAAUACGACAGGUGUUGAUAAUAAAACAUGCACAAAGUUUAUCAUAAAGCCUAGUUUUGAGGGAAUAUUAUAACAUUUUUACACAGAGAUAUGUAUUAGAGAUCUUUAACAAGAGGUACUUAUAAAAUCAGCUGUCAUGUGUUCAUUUUGUAUAUAUGUGUAUAUACUUUUUAGUGCAAAGUACUUCAGCUAGUUUUUAUAAUGGGGGGCAGCAGUUGCCAGUCUCUUGCCAAAAUAUGGGCUUCAUUAGUUUCUUUUACUUUGUGUAUCAGAAUAUCAAAAUCUGAAAGCUUUCAUUUAAAAUGACUGAAUGCCACAUGCUACUUCAGUUGUAACACAUAACAAUUAGGAAAAAAUCACUUAAAGAAUAUACAAGGUUUAAUACAUGGGUGCUAACCAAAUAAUUGUAUGCUGAUAAUAUUACAUGCCUCUCUGUUGAAAAUUUCCAUAUUUAUUUGUUUGAGUUUGCAACAACAUGUUCCUUUCAUACAAAUUUUGUUUUAAAAAAUUACCUUUUUGUUCUGUAAGUGUAAAUUGCAAUAUUUAUAGGAGUUCAAAAAAUGGAAGAUAGCUUAUUUGUUUUUAUUCAGUAUUCCUGCUUCAGUCUUAGAUAUAUAAAAUCUUUUUCCCUAGAGGAAACCCACUGUAUGUAAAUAUAUAUGUAUAUUUUGUAUAGAACUCUGAGAUUAUUUUUGAAACCAUGUAUAUAUGUAUGUCUUUGUCAGUAUUAUAUGUACCUGUAUCCAUGACAUGUAAACUACAGCAAACGUUAGUCAUAAGAAUCACCCUAAUACACAGUAUUUUAUCACAAUGAUUAUUAAUUGUGUUUAUUAAUUUAAUAAAAAUGAUUUUGAUUAACAUU